AUGACUGCUAACGAAAAUAUUAAUGACGAUACAUUCUUCGAUAUGAAGAAGAAAAAGAAAUCUAAAAAUCGAAUUAAUCGUAGUGUACACAUUGAAACAACAGUCACAGAUAAUGUGACUGAAGAUGAUGGAACCAUUAAUGAUGUAGCAAUGAUCGAAAGUGACUAUAGUUAUAAAUUUUUAAUUAAUCGAGCAUUUAAACUUAUUCCUGAAACAAAUCCAGUUCCACAUAGAUUGAUACUUCCACCAGUACAAGUGGGACGUAUUGGUACAAAACGUACAACAUUUUUAAACUUUUCUUCAAUAUGUGCAUUACUUAAACGACAAGAAAAACAAUUAUACGAAUUUUUCAUAAUGGAAUUAGGUACAACAGCGUCUAUCGAUGGAAAUCAUGCUUUAAUUAUAAAAGGACGUUUUCAACAAAGUCAUUUGGAAAAUGUUCUUCGUUCGUUUAUUAGAGAAUAUGUGCUUUGCAAGACAUGUCAUUCUUCAAAUACAUUAUUAGGAAAAUCAGAUCGUUUAACUAUGAUUACAUGUAAUAUUUGUCAUUCACAAUAUUCUGUUUCUACUAUCAAAACAAAUGUUCAAAUUCAUACUAACUCACGUAUCAAAGAAAAUUAA